AAGCGGGUUGUGCGCAGGCGCGCUGGCUGAGUACGUCUCUCAGACUUAAAACGGGCCAUCAGUCUGACCGGUUCUGUCACUUCACGUGUCCGCACUGAACUCGCACAUCUUCAGAAAACCGACUGGGCUGGUGUAGAAAAGACAGCGUAGACUCUUUUCACACCGGGAGCCACAGAGAGAGCCCUGCAGGAUCCGUGCGCGGUCACUAAUUCAUCGCGCUGUUAAUUAUUCAGUCCUGUCCGUCCGACCUGUAGCUCGCUGCCGAAGCCAUGGAGGAGGAGGAGAGCACCGUGCCGGACUUCAAGGAGAUAGAGAUGAAACUCGGUCGCAAAGUCCCGCAGAGUUUGAUUCGCUCCAUCGCGGAUUUGGAGCACAGAGGCAAGAUCGAGUCCAGACUCACGGCUCCAGCCAAAAGACACUCCACCAACCAGGACCUGAAACGGCUGGAGAGCAAGAUGGUGUUUCUCAGACAGGAAAUGGCCCAUCUCCGUGCCAUUGACGUCAAGCUGAUGCAGCAGCUACUGUCCAUCAACGAGGGCAUCGAGUCCAUCCGCUGGGUGAUGGAGGAGCGAGGGGGCGUGGCCAGCCGAGAAAGCAGCUUGAACGGCAGCUUGUACAGUCUAACGGACAGUCAGGACGCAUCUCUGUGUGGUAGUCUCAAUAGCCUCCACGACAGGACUGAUGAAUUGGAUGGGAUUUCCGUGGGAAGUUACCUGGACACUCUAGGGGAGGACCUAGCUGAUCACCCAUCACCCACUGACCUAUCAGGCAGCUUCAGUGAUAAAGCCAUCAUUGAGGAUGACGCAUUUACAAAAUCCCCACUUCGGCCCAGAGUGGACUCAGAUGAAUACUACUGUUUCGGAUAACGUUUCGUAGCAUCUGCAGUGAGUGAUAGGGCAUUUUCAGUCUGAACCUAGCCACUAUAAUGAAUAUAAUGAAAGAACACAGGACAAAAGAAGACAUAACGGUUCCCUAAGGGGAACAUCAGGUAGUCAACACUAGCCUUUAGCCGUUAGCAUCUGCUGCUGCUGAUGUGGUAAUGUCACUGUGAUUCUGUUAGCACUCACCAGCUUUAGACUAGCUGACAUAAAACCUGUCAGCCAAGGUCAUGUUAAUCAAAGCUCCAGUUACACCCUCAAUAUGUUCUUGCCUUGCCAGAACAGUUGGUGCUACAUUGCAGCUCCUGCUAAAACAGAACGUUUGGACAUGCGCAUUUCUAGGGAAGAAGAUCUUGUGUUGUGCACAAAAAUCUUUACAAAAACAUUGUAAAUCAUUUGUCUCAUUUUUUCCCUUAUUAAUCUAUAGAUUUGUCUUAUUGAAAGCCCUGCAACUUCAGCUAAUGACAAGCAAAUGUACUAGGUCAUUGUCUAUGGCAUCUAAGAGACUACAAAAGAUCCAUCUCGGUGGACCAAGCCAUCGAAAUGGAUGAUUAGAAUUUCACUGGCCAUGAACUGCAAUACUGAUUAUGUUAAUGUUAACUGAACAAAGAUCUUCAUACAUGCUUCACAAAUUGCUGUGUAGUGUUAAAAGCAACACUCUGGGCAAAAUGAUCCAUUUAACCAUUUCUUUUCCAUUUUCCAUUUUCUUAACCAUUUGUAUCUUUUGCAAACAUCACUAAUAUUUAUAAUAUUAUAAAAUAAUAUUUCUAGCGUAAUAUAAGUGUUAUUUUGUAGGGAAAGAAGCCUGGUAUAAAAUAAUGUUAAAUUAUAAAUUCUGUCAAACCGAUGUGGCUGAGGGAUGCUGUGCUACAGAAUACUGAAUAAUACAAGUGACAAGUCCUAGUUUUAGGCCAGAAUGCCUUUUUAACAUGUGUAUAAUGUCUGUAUUAUGUGUGGAAUACAAAGGGAUAUACUCAUGCCACUGCACUUCAUGGUCAGUGAAGCUUUAAAGUGCAAUUUGUGCUUAUGCCAAAUUUGUUUUUCUGCUUAAAAGAAGGCUGAAUUUCUAUUUUGCCACUUUUAAGAGAAUGAUGCACUGUGGUUUUCUUAAUGGAGGUGUUAAUACUGUUUAUAAAAAAGAAACGUGAGACUUUUGUCUACUUUUUGACAUUCUGGUUUUUACUGUGUAUUUUAUCUAAAACACACAAGGCAUUACAUCAGUCUUAUGGUUAGGUUUUUCCAGUGAAUCUGGAUUUGUGUCAGCAUGUUGUGUAUAAUUCAACUCAAUGUUCCUAUUGUACUGCAUACUAUCCAGCUGGGUUGUUCCUAAUUUAUUACUGUAUUGUCUAUAAACUGUAUUUUUUGGUGGAAAUGUCUUAAUAUAUUGUGUUUUCACAACUCUGAAGUCCUUUCAUUGAAACAAUAGUGUGUAAUAGUGGAUGGUGCAAGUUCUUUAUCAAAUAAAGCUUUUGUUUUGUUCUAUGUUUA